ACAGCACGACCCGGCAGCUCCACACGGCAGCCGGCGCUCUGUCCUUGUCCUUCCCUUCUUGUUUCAGCAGUUUGGUCUCGCAGCUUCAUCAAGGGAGAGCAGUGACGGAUCAUCUCUCCGUCACUGGGAACUCCUAGGAGCUGUUCUCUGGCUGCAGGGAGGGAGGCGCUCGACUGCUUCACCCUGUGCUUCUCGUGUCUUUCUUCGUGUCAUGCUCUCUGAUGGGAAGUAAAAAUCCUGAGGCAGUGCAAGCCCACUGGAGCAUGACCAAAACCAGGGCAGGCCCUUAAACUCGCAGUUUGGAGAAGCAACUGACUGCUUUGACCAUUUGCGUUUGGUCCUGUGACUUAUCACAAGAGCGGAAGAUGACAGGCUUCUUUGAGGCAGAUGCUGCUCUUUUCCAUCCUGCUCCAAAUUUGAGCUCAUGCCAAGAUGACCCAAGGGGGUUAGGGUGCCCCUAACCUAAACACCUUUUCCCAGGCUUAGUGCUUCCUCUGAUUUUCAAAUAUUUGCUGCAGCUACUGGCACAUCCUGGUAAAGGCUUGCCAGUCAUGGCAGUUUGUGUUCACAUUUUGAGUUUUGCUGAUUCUCCGGGUGAACUUCCUUUACCUCUGCUAGCGUACAAGCACUGGCCCUGACUCAGCACUGAUACAGCUAUACAUGCAAAAAAAAUCCUUGCUGGCAUAUCUUAUUGAGUAGAGAUAAUGUGCAUUUCGUCAAGGCCUGUAUGUGGAUAUUGCUAAGCUAGCAAUCCUUUUAUUGUAGAUAACGCCUAGGUGUGGGCUGUUCUCCAAAGGAAGGGCUUCAUCAGUCCAAAGUUGCCUGUAAGUUAGCCAAGUGAAUCUCUCCAAAAAAAAUAAGACCCUUCAGAAGGCUGUGGCUGAAAUUUGUUAGCAGAGCUAGAGCAGCAUAACUCUGGGGUUAAGCAUGCUCUACCAACAUGAGGGCGUUUUUUCAUCUAGAACAGUGACUCUGCUGUCUGGGAGCUGGACCAUCCCAUCUGCAGAGUCCACCUGGGAUGUGUCAAGAAAGGUGCUUUUGUGCCUGGUUGUCUGUCAGAGGGCAGCAUGCCCCGUUUCGUUCAGGUGAUUCGUGUUUCUUUCCCAGGGAGAAACCGCUCGGGGAUUGAGCUGUCCUUCAAAUUUCAUAUGUGCUGCUGGUAACUGUGUCUUAAAUCUCACCGUCUCAUGCAACUUUAUUGAUUGUUCUCCUUAUUCUGCCUGUGCUGCAGAUGUCCUGGCUGGACUCUUUCCAAACUGCUCAGAAGGAGAAGCCUUUCCUUUAUACUUCUGGCUUUCCUGUGCUCAACAGGUCCUUUUUCCCUGGCUUUCACACUCCAGCAACAAAGAGCACCUAUUCUGCAAGGAUUCAGGUCCCUGAGGGUUUCACAGCUGUGAUGAGUGCCACAACCUGGGAGAAAGAGAAGGAUAACACCUUCAUUUUCAAGAUGUCCCAACCAAUCCCCUCCUACCUGAUUGCUCUGGCUGUCGGGGACAUUGUUUCUGCUGAAGUCGGCCCAAGGAGCCGUGUCUGGGCUGAGCCUUGCCUGAUUGAGGCUGCUAAGAAGGAAUAUGAUGGGGUGAUUGAGGAGUUCCUGGCAGUUGGAGAGAAGCUCUUUGGACCCUAUGUUUGGGGCAGGUACGACAUCCUGUUCAUGCCGCCCUCGUUCCCCUUUGGUGGGAUGGAGAACCCCUGCAUCACCUUUGUGACACCCUGCCUGCUGGCCGGGGACCGUUCCCUGGUGGAUGUCAUCAUCCACGAGAUCUCCCACAGCUGGUUUGGCAACCUGGUCACUAAUGCCACGUGGGGCGAGUUCUGGCUGAAUGAGGGCUUCACCAUGUAUGCGCAGAGGCGGAUUUCCACUGAGGUCUACGGUUCUGCAUACACCUGCCUGGAGGCUGCAACAGGAAGGGCCCUGCUGCGCCAGCACAUGGACAACACUGGAGAGGAUCACCCACUAAACAAGCUCCGGGUGAUAAUCGAGCCAGGUGUCAAUCCAGAUGACACAUACAAUGAAACUCCCUAUGAAAAGGGGUACUGCUUUGUGAGCUACUUGGCACAUCUUGUGGGGGACCAGAGCAAGUUCGAUGCCUUCCUCCAGGCCUACGUGAACCAGUUCAAGUUCCAGAGCAUCACAGCAGAUGAUGCCCUCGAGUUCUUCCUGGAGUACUUCCCGGAGCUGAAGAAGAAAGGCGUGGACUCCCUGCCAGGUUUUGAGUUUGAUCGCUGGCUGAACACGCCAGGCUGGCCCCCUUAUCUGCCUGACCUCUCGCCGGGGGAGCAGCUGAUGAAGCCGGCAGACGAGCUGGCGGAGCUCUGGGCAACCGACAGCUUGAACGUGGAGGCGAUCGAAGCAGUGGACAUCUCUGCCUGGAAAACAUACCAGCUAGUCUACUUCCUGGAUCAGAUCCUACAGAAAUCUCCCCUGCCAGAAGGCAACGUGGAGAGGCUGAGCAAGAUGUACCCGAAGAUCUCCAAGGCCCAGAACGCCGAGCUGCGUCUCCGCUGGUGCCAGAUCGUCCUCAAGAACAACCAUGAGUCUGAGUUCAGCAAGGUCAAGGACUUCCUUUGCAGCCAGGGAAAGCAGAAGUACACCCUGCCCAUCUACCGUGCCAUGUGGAGUGGGUCAGAGUCAGCCCGGGCACUGGCCAUGGAGACCUUCUCAGCUACGGCCCCCCAGCUCCAUGUCAACGUCCAGAACUACGUCAAGAAGAUCCUGGGCUUGGAGGUGGCAGAGAAUUAGUGACUGCUCCAGCCUUGGCUCCCUUCCCUCUGUGGGGCCUUUCCUGUCAGAGCUGUGCUGUGGAGCUCCCCUGUGGCAGAACCUCAGGAAUCUCUCAUUCAUUGCACAAAUUUCCUUAUUAAAGCUUGUAAUUUGUA